CAGCUCGAGCGGCCCGAGCUCGUCGUCAGUGACCUCCAGGAGCGGAUCCAAGCUGAUCUUGAACGCCUCGAGCGGUGGGAUAAGUCCCGCGCAGCCGUCUUCGACCGCGUCGCCGACCUCAGCGGUCAGCUGGACGAUGCAAAGAAGGAGCACCAGCAGGGGCACGGCACGCUUGAGACCAUCCUCACCAUGGACGACUUCCUGGGCACGGACGCAGCCAAGCGCGACUACGACCUGGAAGCGAGCGACCUCGACGAGCUUAACAAGCGAAAAGACGAGAUCGCUAAACAGGUCCAGGCCGGCUUGGCCGACAUCUUCAAGGCCACCCUUGGCAAGGCCAAACAG